AGCCUCAGCCUCUGCCACUGAAGCCCGUGGAGGGACGACGGGAAACUGAACUGGGGACGCGCAGGCGCACUAACUAGGGUGGCUCUUCUCUUUUCUCUCUCAUAUUCUUCGCCCUCAUUUGCAGCGUCUUGCUAGUUGGUGGUGUUGGUCGUGGAAGCAGAUGGGAAAUUAGGACUGAACUAAAGUGACUUGCCCAAGGAAACUGAGCCUGUGCUGGUCAUAGAUUACAGAAUUAUGGAAAACGAAGGCAACGUUGAGGAUGUCAAAACACCAUAUACGGUGGAAGGUGGAUGUGUUAUUCAGCAGCCAGUUCAGGAGGAGCUUAUCUUUCAAGAGGAAACCAUUGAUCUUGGAGGAGAUGAGUUUGAGUCUGAAGAAAAUGAGACUAUCUCAGAAGAUUCUAAUAACUUCAUAGAUAAACUUAACGAGCACAUGAUGGAGAGUGUCAUUAUAUCAGAUUCUCCAAAUAAUAGUGAAGACGAUGCUGGUGAUCUUGGUUGUCUGCAAGAAAUUGUAAAGCAAAUGGAAGUGAGAGACAUUCAUGCAGCAGCAGGAGAGGUAGGGAAAGAAGCUAUUAGUAAAGAGAGUGGACCUGAACCUGAAGGUGCCCUGAAAGAUAUUUCUGAUAUUGAAAUUGAUGAUCAAUCUUCUUUAAAAGAAGAGUUGAUUCAGGAAGCAGCAAAAGAUGAACUGAAAGUGGAGAGUGAUGAACUGCUUAGCUCUGCACCAAACAGUAUUGGUGCAGAAUGCAAACCUGAAGAAAAUAUAUCUUUGCCGCUUGCUAGUAAAUCACCUGUGGAUUCUGAGCCUAUUCCUGUGUGUACCAUUUUUAGCCAAUCAAACAUGAAUGGUCAACAACUCGUCAAUGGUCAGUUCCUACAUGACGGUUUUGAGCCUCAAAUGGUGAAGUCACCUAGCUUUGGUGGUGUAAGUGAGACUCCAGUAAAAACUCAUCCUCAGGUGGUUCAACCAAGUCCUAGCCUAAGCAAGUUUUUUGGCGAAGCCAUUAAUACUAAUACACUAGCUUCUGAUUUUUUUGAUUCAUUUACUACAUCCUCAUUUAUUUCUGUCAGUAAUCCUAAUGCAAGCUCAUCUGUACCAGAACAAAUGUCUUCUCUUGUAAUAGCGGGGGAGUCCCAUGACUCGGCUGACCGUAAAUACCCAGCAAAAAAUGGAAGAUCUGAAGCUGGGAGAUCUGCAUCUUCUCCAGAAAUAUCGCAAUCUCCAAAGCCGUUCUCACAGAUUCAAGCUGUUUUUCAAGGCAGUGAUGAUCCUUUUGCGUCAGUACUGAACAUGAGUGAGAUAGACAGAAGAAAUGAUGCUUGGCUUCCUAGUGAGGAAACAAGAAAUGUGUUGAUUUCAGUAGCCACACAGCAGUAUAGUGGUGUUUUCAUAGACAAAGAUAAUCUUACAAUGCCUGGAUUAAAAUUUGACAACAUUCAGGGAGAUGCAGUGAAAGACUUAAUGCUCCGCUUCCUUGGUGAACAAGCUGCAGCAAAAAGACAAGUUCUAAAUGCCAACUCUGUAGAUCAGUCUUUUGUAGGCUUGAAGCAGCUGAUAAGCAGCAAAAACUGGAGAGCAGCAGUUGACUUAUGUGGUCGACUUCUGACAGCCCAUGGUCAAGGCUACGGCAAAAGUGGCCUACCUACAAGUCAUACCACAGACUCUCUGCAGCUGUGGUUUGUAAGACUAGCACUCCUAGUGAAACUGGGUCUUUUCCAAAAUGCUGAAAUGGAAUUUGAACCAUUUGGAAACCUAGACCAGCCUGAUCUUUAUUAUGAAUAUUACCCCCAUGUCUACCCAGGACGCAAAGGUUCCAUGGUUCCUUUUUCCAUGCGGAUUUUGCAUGCUGAACUUCAGCAGUACCUAGGAAAUCCUCAGGAGUCCCUUGAUAGACUGCACAGUAUGAAAACCAUCUGUACAAAGAUACUAGACAACUUGGAACAUGGCCUAGCAGAAGAUGGAAGCAUGACUAACAUUACACAGGAGAACAGACAAGCCUCCGUUCAGCUGUGGAGGUCACGUCUGGGCCAGGUGAUGUACUCCAUGGCAAACUGUCUGCUAAUGAUGAAGGACUAUGUGCUUGCUGUGGAGACAUAUCACACAGUCAUCAAAUAUUACCCAGAGCAAGAGCCUCAGCUGUUGAGUGGAAUUGGAAGGAUUUUCCUGCAGAUUGGAGACAUAAAAACGGCGGAAAAGUAUUUUCAAGAUGUCGAAAAAGUGACUCAGAAAUUGGAUGGACUGAAGAACCAAAUUAUGGUUUUAAUGAACAGGAAAGAAAUCUCACUGAACGCAGUGGAACUUCCUUCUGAUGAAACCCUAAACAUAAGAUUGGGCUGGAAAGGGUUCUUUGGAAAAGGCCACUUCAUUCACUACAUCUUUAGCUAUCUUCUGAAGGAGCACUUACUUUAUUAUUCCAGAGCAUUUCUCCAUCUUGGUCAGAAUAACUUUGCAGAAGCGCACAGAUUCUUCACAGAGAUUCUGAAGAUUGACCCAUCAAAUGCUGUGGCUAACAACAAUGCUGCUGUUUGUCUGCUUUAUCUGGGAAAACUGAAGGAUUCUCUCCGGCAGCUGGAAGGAAUGGUUCAGCAGGAUCCUAAACACUACCUCCAUGAGAGUGUUCUUUUCAAUUUGACAACUAUGUAUGAACUUGAAUCCUCUCGCAGCAUGCAGAAGAAGCAGGCUCUGCUUGAGGCUGUGGCUGUCAAAGAGGGUGACAGCUUCAACACUCUGUGUCUCAAGUUAGGAUAAGCCCUUUUUCUGUUUUGGAAAAGCUCAUUUUCAGAAGUUGUAUAUACUCCUUCUAAUCUGUAAAUGUUCCUCUAGCAAGUGCAAUAAAAAGCUUUUUAAUUAUGAA